AUGUUGAUCUACCGUACCCUUCUCUUAUUUCUCUUUUUGAUCUACCAAAUAAAAUCGGAUCCCGUCAAUAUCGAAGUGUUCCUUCGUUGUGAACCAACAGUCAGAUAUUGGUGCGGAGAGUUGACAGUUUUCGAGGACGAUUUGUUACCAAGCACUCGUGAUAUUCUGAAGACCGAAAAAUUCUGCACGCCAAAUUGGUAUCAGGAGUACGAGUACCCGAGACUCCGCCCAGAUGGGGAUUGGUCAUCGGACUACGAAUUCAACUACUCCCUCCAACACAACUGCACUUCUGACGGCUCCAUCCGAUGCUACACACCGUAUUUCUCCACCGAUAUCUUGGUGAGGGGAGAACAAAACGUGACUUUCUAUGGCAAGGUGUUCAAUCGUGGGGAGGCCAAAAUGUGUUAA